CGUUAAUCGGUGCGAUUCUUACUUUGGGUGAUUCGUAAAAAUGUACCUGGAAGAAUUGCAUUGUUGAAGUCGUAAUGUCCCUCACCUAAAUGAGAUCCAAAUAACGGUCGUAACUUGAAGUUUUACAAGUAAGUGCACUGAUGCAACGAUUUCAAUACUGUAGAGACAUGAUAACAAAAGAAGGAUUCGAGAAAUACAAUAAAUUUUGUGAAUUCUUAUACACAAUAUACUGUAGAACAGGAGAGAGAGUAAUACGGAAAGGAUAAUAAGGAGUGCGGUUUUACAUGAUCUUAUAAGGAUAAGUUUCAUUGGUUAGCUACAAACCUAAGAAUCGUAAAGCUUAAAUGAUGAUGGAUUAAGAGAAAGUAAGGUAGUCAUAUUAAUUAAAAGGAAACUGUCCCUAAUUAUGAAGAUGAUACUUUAUUUAGUGCUUUCAGUUUUAAAGAAUUAAAUCCAGGAGAUCAUUUUGGUGAUAUGUCAUUGUUAGAUAAUGGAUAAGUGUCAUGCACUAUUAUUUGUAAGACAUUUUGUUAGUUUGUUUGUAUGGAUAAAUAAUAAUUUGUAAAAUUUAUUGGGAAAUCGGUACCAGUGUUAUAGAAACUUAAAAUAUUAGAAGAAUAAACAAUCUUUAAUUGUUGGACAGAUGGAGAAUUAAGAGCCUUAAGUUAUGAAUUCAAGAACAGAACAUAUCAUUAGGAAGAGUUCUUAUACUAAGAAGGUUAAAGGAAUGUAUAAGUAUUUUUGAUAAUGGAUGGAUAAAUUGAGAUGACUUCAACUCGUGAUAAUUAAACAUAUCAUCUUAGUUCUUUGGAUGUAGGUGCACUCUUUGGAGAUGAUGCUGACUAUCAUACUUGUAAUGCUAAAUGUGUAUCAGCCAGAGCAGAAAUACUUGUAAUUGGAAGAUAAGUUUUAAGUCGUAUGUUGGAUUGGCAUCCUGAAUCAAAAUAAUUAUAUAGAUAAUAAUUAUGUAUUUUAAUCUAAUUUAUAUUUAUAGAAUAAAAAGCUAAUUGGAGAUUAGAGAGAUUAAAUAAUCUUAUUGAAAGUCAUCAGGAGAAAACUAAAGUUAAGAGAACUCAAUCAAUCAAAAUGUAAUUAUUGGAUUUAUUGAUUAAACCAAAGUAUUAAAAGAUUCGUCUCUCUCCUUGUGUAAAGAGAGUCACUAAUAUUCAAGACACUAUGGAUUUUGAAGAAAAGAAACUUAAACAUAAAGAAAUAUUGGAAAAAUAGAAUUUAGUCAUUUCUUAAAGAAAAAUAGAAUUCUUUAAAUUAGGUCUUACAUUUACAGAAAAAAGAAGGAAGAAAUAAAAAUAAUAAUAAGCUGAAUUGAAAUUAAAGAAAUAAUGUGAAAGUGUUAUUAUUUCUGAACCUCCUCUUGAGAAACUUAAUCGAGCAUCUAGCACUAUCAUGACAAAAACAUCAUAAACCACUUUUAAAUUAUCUCCUGCCAAAAAACUUAGAAAAGUGUUCUCAAUAGAAGGAACAACCAUUAAUAUUCAUAAUAGAUAAUGA